CAAGUUUCAUACUUUCAUUCAUAUAUUGACUCUGUCUCCCUCUCUCUCUCUCUCUCACUUCUUCUUCCUCCUCUUAUUUAUUAAUUAACAAUUGCCUUUCCUUUCCCUCCCGUUCGUUUUUCUCUCAUGGAUUCCUUCUCUCUUCUCUCCUUCCUCGCUCUAUCUCUCUUUGUUUCUCCUGCCCUAUCCACCAACUCUGAAGGAAAUGCUUUGCAUGCUUUAAGAAGUAGGUUCUCAGACCCUACAAAUGUGCUGCAGAGCUGGGACCCAACACUUGUCAAUCCCUGCACUUGGUUUCAUGUCACCUGUGAUUCCAACAAUCAUGUGAUUCGCUUGGAUUUGGGAAAUUCUAACAUUUCUGGUACUUUGGGGCCAGAGCUUGGCCAGCUCCAGCAUCUACAGUACUUGGAGCUGUACAGGAAUGACAUAGGAGGAAAACUUCCCAAGGAGUUGGGUAAUUUAAAAAGCCUUGUUAGCAUGGAUUUGUAUGACAAUAGAUUUGAUGGAGAAAUACCAAAGUCCUUUGCCAAAAUGAAGUCACUCAGAUUCCUUCGGCUAAACAAUAACAAGCUAACAGGAUCAAUUCCGCGGGAGCUUACCACACUCUCACACCUCAACGUAUUCGAUGUUUCAAACAAUGAUCUCUGUGGAACAAUUCCGGUUGACGGUCCUUUUGCCAAGUUUCCAAUGGAAAGCUUUGAAAACACCAGGCUCAAUGGACCAGAGCUGAAAGGCCUAGUACCCUAUGAUUUCGGAUGCUAAAUGGGCGAAAAGUGGUACAGAAGGAUUGGUGUUCACCGCUUCUUUGCCGGGGAACUAUAGUCAGCCGUUAAUAGUCCUUCUCAACCAUAUUAGUAGUUGGUUAUAUCUUAUGAUGAAAACUACCAUAUUAGUAUUUGCUUAUAUCCAUGAUGGACAAUAAUAUUUCAUACCUACUUACUUACAUUAUAUGAUGAAAAGGUUUAUAUGUAAAAAGUAACUAAAGCAACAAAUAAGAUUGUGGUUUCAGUCUA